AUGCUGAACCCUGAUCGUGAGCGAACAACAAGCAAUUUCAUUCAUCAGGAACAUGGUCCGAUGAAGCGAAAACAAAUUUCGCAAGUUGAAGACACAAAACAACGGAAUACUCAUCAACUUCCGAAAGGAAUAGCAAGACAAUACAUGUCUGAAAAUGGUUUGAAAAACAAAAAGAAGGGACGAAAUAGAAGGAAAAAUCAAUGGAAGCUUGCCGAUUUUGUUGUGUUUGCUUCGAGUGAGAUCAAGAAAAAUAUAAAAUCAAAACGAAAUGAAACAAAUGCAUUUGUUGGGCCUGUUGCUGUACGAAGAGAAAGAGAAAGAGAGUUAUUCAAACAAUUACCAAGAGAAAUUCUAUUCAAAAUAUACUCCUUUUUGUCGCUCAGAGAUGAUGCUGUCAAGAACAUCCUGUACAUUUCUCGUAACAUUACAUUGGCAAUGUUGAAUAUUGAUGAUUUUGACGACUCUUCAUUCAAAGGAGAGGCCAUACAAUAUUGUGAAUAUUUUAGACUGAUGACUUUUCUAAAGCAUCGAAAAGAGAUUGAAGAUAUUGAAAAUUAUGUAAGAAACAGAAAAACAUUUUUGAAAAAAAUUGGAGACUUGAAUUCAACAUCUCAUGAGCUACAAACUGAAUGGAAUAUGCUUUCAUUUUCUGAGCAGUUGAACGAAUUUAACAAGAAAAAGAGCAAAUUUGCAUCUUUGAUCCAAAAUGAGCAAGGGAGGUUUAGUGCUUCAGACAUUAAGUACAAACUGGUAAAGAGUUUAAAAAUUAUGAAUCGCUUAUUUCCAGGUUGGAUUUCUUCGAUAUUGCAAUCUGACAUUCCUAAUAUGCAGACCAUGCACGAAAUUAUUGAAAGAAAUGCAAAUUUAAAGAAUCUGAGCGAGAUUAUUCGCAAGAAUAGAAAUGUUGGUAUUCCGAUAGUAUCUCCUGAUUCGUCUGAAAUAUUAGCUUACAAUGAAAGAAUAGACAAUGAGAUUAAGGAAAUACUAUUUGAAAAGAAAACGUCAGACAGGUCGAAAAAACAAAGAAAUUGGAAACAAGAAUUGAGAAGGCUUCUCACUUCACGAUCUGUACGUGAGAAAAUCAAAGAAACUUUGGAGUCUCUUACCCAGAAAACAAUCACCAAUUGUCGUUAUGCUAGGGAAAAGAACCUUUAUUUUCGAGCUGUAUCUUUUGGAUUUACAAGAUUUUUAUCGCCACCAUCACAUUCAGACUACUCUCAAUUUCAUUAUCCACAUGAUUUCAAAGAUAAGGUUUACGCUUUAAUGGAAAACUUGAAAUCGCUGGAUGACAAAUCUCGAUGGUUUUAUUUAUUUCACAAAAAUUAUGCUUAUGGAAAGAAUAGACUUGUCAUGAGAUUUAGAAACAGACCGAAUGGUUAUAUUAGCCUGUUUCAACACAUUCUCUCAUUAUUUAACAUGAUCUCAUCUGUAGUACAACACAAUAAGUUCUUACUUGAAUCAAUUGCAAACUCAAGAAACACUUCUCAGAUAACACCUUCAUUCAUAACCAUCCAACGAGGAGCGAUUGUACGGUCUGAAAAGACCUUUCAACAGCAUACCAAACAACAAUUCUUAAGCGAUGAGUGGGGUUUUAAUUUGGAAGCACAAACUGAUUUUAUUGUGCAUCAUUUCACACAAUUUGUUGCGAAAAAUUGGAAAUAUUUUUGUAUUUCCAAAUAUUCUUCUCAAAACAUUCAUAUCGAGUAUGAUCGGUUUAUGGUGGACUUUUUAUUAGAUGGAUCAAGAAGUCGCUUCAGGAAUUUUGUCUUGCUUGACAGUUUUAUGAAGAACUUUAUUGAAACACACGUUACUGCAUUCCACAAGUUCGGCAAGAUGUUUUUGGACCAUAUAAAUAAUCCACAGAACAUACCAGGAAACACACCCCUAAUUCGAGUUUCAAAAUUCAGCAGCAAGUUGAAAAUUACUUCCCACAGUUUCUUAAACUUUUCCACUACAUCACCUCGAGGAAGAGGUAGAGGAAGAGGACGCGGAAGGGGUCGUGGAAAGUCUGAAAGAGGUCGAGGAGGACGUGGCUCUGGAAGAGAGCAAUCCAAGCAAUAA